AUGGCGAUCGAUGUAUUUGCAUGCUUCGACGAUUUCUUUGAUGUGGUUCAUUUUCUAGGCGAAAUUGGGCUCUCAUCGGCGGAGAUUAGUGAAUUCGAAAAAGUUGGAUACGUGAUGAGCGGUACUCGGCACAAGGCAAUGGAGGCAACUCGAUUACGUAAAGAGAAUCAGGUCUUGACCGCCGAAGAGAAGCGUUUGUUAUCAGGAUUUUCUCAAGAAGAACGAAAAAAGAAAGAGCUGGCUAUGCUGGGUCAGAUGCGCAACCUCAUAGCAUCGAAACGUGCGGAAUAA